AUGAGCGCAGCUAUUCAAGACGUUUCUGGAAAGACUUUCGACUAUGUCAUCAUUGGAGGAGGAACUGCGGGCCUUACAAUUGCAGCUCGUCUGACCGAGGACUCAAAUAUUUCAGUCUUAGUGCUCGAAGCCGGGCUCGAGCGGAUUGGAGAUCCAAAUAUCGGUAAAGCUAUCGCGUCGCCGUUCAAUAUUUACUUCUCAUUCCUCAUUUUCGGUAUGCAUGCCUUAGACAUUCCCGCUCAGUAUGGGAUACAUUUCGGAGAUCCACGUUAUGCUUGGGACUUUACAACCGUCCCUCAAGUACAUGCAAAUAAUCAUUCAAUUGCAUGGCCUCGUGGAAAAGUACUUGGUGGAAGUUCUGCCAUCAACUUCUUUGUCUGGAACAAACCACCUGCAGCAGACAUAGAUGCCUGGGAAGCACUAGGAAACCCUGGUUGGAACUGGAGUCGAUAUAACGAGUAUUCGAAGAAGUGCGAAGGGUUCUCAGUUCCAGACGAAGAACUAUCAAAGAAAUACAGGCAGGAAUACAAAGUCGAUUCGUAUGGCUCUUCAGGACCUAUUAAAAUAACUUUCCCUUCUGUCGUGGCUGAGCCCGAGAUUCCGUUCCAUCAGGCAUUGCUCAACGCAGGUAUCAAAGUUGCAAAAGAUCCGAACAAUGGUGAUGUAUGCGUACCACGUCCACUCCGCCCCCGGCAUAAGUUGACUAUAUUCAUUAUGCAGCCAAUCGGAACGUGGAUGGCUCCGUGCAAUCUUGACCCCAAGUCACAUACUCGGAGCUAUGCAGCAACUGCAUUCUAUCGUCCUAAUGCAGAAAGGCCUAAUCUGCGAGUCCUUUGCGAUGCUCUAGUUCACCACAUUGUCACGGAUAGGAAAAGCCAUAAAGAUGUGUCAGACAAUCUAGUUAAAGCAUGUGCUGUUGAGUUCGAGUACGAAGGAAACGCACAUUCUGUUUCUGUCGCGAGGGAGGUUAUUGUAAGCGCUGGUGCCUUGAAAUCGCCUCAAAUCUUGGAGUUGUCCGGAAUCGGAAACAAAAACAUUUUGGACCACCUCGGAAUAGAGUCAAAAAUUAAUCUUCCGGGAGUCGGUGAAAACAUGCAGGAACACUUUUAUAGUGGAGUAAUCUUCGAGUUGGACCCGAAAUACGGCUUUGAGACCCUUGACUCGUUCACCGAUGCAGCGUACAAGGAGGCACAGCUUUCCCUUCAUGCAAAAGGACAGGGCGCAUAUAGAACGAGUAUUUCCAGCAUCACAUUUCUCCCACUUUCAGCUAUUUCAUCUACCGAGAAAGCUCGCGAAAUCAUCACCAGAGAACGCGAGUGCAUUAAGAUUAAAAAGGAGAAGGGCUCCUUACUUCCGGGACUCUACGAGCAGUACGAAAAGCUAUUUGACUUCUUUGAGAAUGGUCCUGGGGGAGAAAGUGAAAUUGUUUGCUUUCCAGGAUGGUUUGGGAAAGGAUCACCCGAGCCGGGAAAGAAGUACAUUACUAUUCUACUGAAUUUGAAUCGCCCAUUCAGCCGUGGGACGAUUCACGUUACGUCUAAGGAUCCCCACGCUCAGCCCGAGAUGGAUCCUCAUUACUUUGAAGAACCCAUUGAUCUCGAACUUUUAGCUGAAACUCUCAAAUUUAUUCGUAAAAUUGCUGAAGUCGAACCCUUUAAGGACAUUAUUGUACGCGAAGUUGCUCCAGGCUCCUCAGUCGAUGGUGACGGAGCUAUCCAGGAAUAUAUCAAGGAUAACAUUGGAACAACGUUUCACACUGCGGGCACACUAAGCAUGCUCCCACGCUCUCUAAAUGGCGUGGUUGACGCGAAUUUACGAGUCUACGGUACACAGAACAUACGUAUCGCGGAUCUAAGCAUUGUGCCGUUGCAUGUUGCAGCACAUACACAAAGCACAGCUUACACGAUUGGUGAGCAAGCUGCGGACAUUAUCCGCGGACGCAUUUCCGAAGUCAGAAACACAUGA